UUGUUUUUGUAUUGCCUCUUUUGACUAUUUCACUAGCGGAGCAGAACUCUUCACGCCGAAAUGAGAAAAACUACUGAGACAAGCACUGGCGAUGAGAAAGCCGACAUUGUGCUAAAAUUUCAGCAACUUGCCAGAGAUGAUCUACGACAGGAUAAUGCCCGGGACUUUAUAUGCCACACAACCGAUGGGGAUCGCAUUGCUCUGAUUGGCUCCAAGACGGAACUGAUAACACUCGAGUUGAUCGACAGAAUAAACUAUCAGAUGCCAUUGCCCUAUGUAGUCGCUGGCUUCGAAUUGAACACAAAAGCACGUCCACUGGAUAAACUGGUGCAACAGGUGAAUGUGGAGCACAUUUACAACAGUUGCAAUGCCUUGGAGGUGCAACAGUUGAGUCUGGAUCCUUGUUAUGGAUCCGGCAUCUCGACACAGGAAGUGGCCGACGCCACGCUGCUGGCUGCCAAGUGGUCGCCACAACCGCUGCCCAAUGGCAACAUGCUGUUGGCCUUUCUGAACAGCUAUGGAUCCCUAGAGCUGGUCACCAAGAAGGCACAACAACCAUUCUGGCAUUACUACGAACAACACGAUAUAUCCGCCAUCUUCCGAGAUGAGCUGCAGCCGCCUUUCGAAGUGGCACCGGAUAAAAUCGAUACAUUUCGACGCUAUCAGGCAUUCAUUGAUCGCAGCUGGAUUACAAUGUUUGACUGGCGUUCACUAGAGUCGGACAAUGGGAAUCACGUGCUGGUGCUGGGCACUGCGGUGGGUAGUUUGUGGACGCUCAGCUUGAGUGGCGAUGCACAAACAGUGCAAGCAUAUCGUGAGCUGCACACGCUCCUGGAUCGCAUCUGCUAUAUGCAUGUGUUUGAGGAUUUGCUGCUGGUGGGCGACAUCAGCGGUCAGGUACAUCUCUACAGAUUUAACGAGAACGAUGAGAGCGGCAUGGAGUUAGUGAAACCACUGUGGCUGCGUCCCGAUCAAAUGGCACUGCAGCAGGCGGUGAUAACGCGUUGCGACGAACGCAAAUGCUACUACAUUGCCUGCUGCAAGGGCGCACAUUUGCUCGUCUGGUGCAUGCCACAACUUCCAGGCGCAGAAAACUGGCUAGAGACACGUUUCCUAGUGGGAGGCAUUAAGAUAACAGGUUUUUCAAGCAUUGGCAACUCCAGCUAUGUGCUGGGCACGGCACGUGGCCCACUCUAUCGCAUUGAACUUCAACACAAGGCAGCUCAGCUAAGUGUGAGCAAGCAGCUGAUUGAGAUAGACGAUGUGGAGAACUUUGGUGCCAUGGGCAUCUUCAAUAGUCCGCACAGCAAUCUGCUAACACUACUUUUUGUGCGCAACAAAGAAUAUAUGCUUGACAACAAGUUGCUGCGUCGCGAGCUCACGGUCUACGUGGGCAAACUGAGCAAGGACGAUUCCUUAGCAAAACUCACUGAAUUGCUCUCAAACAACGAACCCAUCAAUCGCUACAAGGAUCUGUUGAGCGAUGUGCGUCUGCAGAUUUUCAAUCGUCACGACAUGGAAAAGUUUAUCAAAUUUGGUUCCUGCGAGUCUCUUGUCGUCGGUGAGCUAGUCACGCUCAUGCAACAGCAACAGCUGCAGCUGAAGUACCAUGUCAUGGAUGCACUCCAACAUGUGCAGCAAUAUCAGACGAAAGAGUAUUGUGAAAUGGAAAUGAAGCUGCUGUUGUCCAUAUUGACUAUAACUCAUAUCCGUUUGCGUCUACAGUAUUUGACUGGUCUGGCUAAGCUAACGCCUUUCCAAACCAAGGCAUCCCAAUGCCAUUUGCAAGAGAUGCUGCGUAUCAAGCAGCAGCUUGAGGAUCUGCUGGUGAAGGAACAGCCUAUCAAUACGAUCAUCAAACGUUUCUUGGAUUUAAUUGAGGUGCACUUUAAUGCAGUGCAGCAGAAGCUGGGAAAACCUCCUAAACUUGAUGCGAAUCAGGAGUCAAAACGCUGUUGCAUUUCAUUUGUGGAGCUUCUCCCCGAAUUGGAGACACAUUACUGCACGCUCUGUGGUCGCCAGGCGUUGAUGGAACAGCAACUGUUGAUGGAACUUUAUGAGCCUGGCAGUCGCUUAGUUUGUCCCUACUGUCAUGGAGCAUUCAUCAUGGAACUGUGUGAUGCAUAAACAUGAGACAAAGCGAGUCCAAAUUUCGAUGCCAAAACCAUUCCGCAAAAACAAAACUAAAAACCCAAUUUUUUAUGCAUUUUUCUACUGUGACUAAAACCUUUGCGGAAUUGUUUAAGCAACGGAAUUUAGCACACGCCUGUUUUCAAUUUAUUCAACUGAAUUUUAGAGUGUAAACGUGUGUGUGUGAGAAUGAAUGUGUUUUUUAUGUCUGCAAGUGCACUUAAAUGUUUAAGCAAUAAUUAGGUUUAGUACAGCGAAACAUAAAUAAUGGGACUCGUUUCGAGCAGCAGAAUAUCCUGCUCGAGCUGUCGGAGAUCGCUCUCCAGUUUGCCCUUGCGUUGACGCUUGUUCUCGCUGUCGAUGAGCAACGACAUGGACUGAUAGCUCUUGGUCAUCUCGUUCAGAUGUGCACGCAAUCCUACAAGCAGCUCAUUGCGUUCCGCUUGAUCCAUCACACGCAUGCCGGGCAUAUCGGGUGGACCACUUUUGGCCGCCUGCGACUGUUGCAGCUUCUGAGCGGACAAGGAUUUCGACGCCUUGAGACCGCCACAAAGUUCAGCGAGGCGUCGCUGUUCCUUGCAGCAAACAUCGUGUGCCUCUGUCAACAUCUUCUUGGUCUUGUGAAUGUAGACGG